AUGAGGCAAAACCCCCUCGAGCGCGCAGCUCCUGGGUACGCUAAAAUGGCAUCGGGACAGGCGCAGGAGCAACGUGUCAACCUCGAGAACUCAAUCAAGCUGCAGCGAAACAUGAUGAAGAUGGUGUUUGGCGAGCUUGCCUACCAGCGGCAGCUCUUCCCGGAAGACUGCUUCGAGCUCAAGGAGAUGGGCGGGAACCACAUCCACACCUUGUCCGCCGAAAGCGACAAUGUCUACCACGAGCAGGUCUCCCGCAUGAUCUCCUGGUACAGCGAUGACAGCAUUUUGGAUGCCCUGCGCAACGGCUACCUGGAGAAGGUCAUGUUUGUGCUGGCCCACGACCAAGCCUGUGAGCACCCAAUCGAGGUCUGGGACCUCAGCUACACCUACGAGAGCGACGACACCGUCUCCCGCCCAAAGGACAAGGUCACCAAGGACUACAUCCGGGACGUGGUCAAGGUCGUGCUGCGGCGGCUCAGCCUGCUCCUCCAGGGCCUCGAUGACGUGCCGCAGGAGCGGUGGUGUGGCAUGAGGCUGCUCUACCGCGACGAUGUGACGCCCAGCGACUACGAGCCGUCCGGCUUCUCGCCGGCGCCCGCGACCGUCGCUGGCGCCGGGUCGUUCUUUUUUGAGCGCCCGGCAACCUUCUUCAUGGUUGGCAAGGUGUCGACCGGCCACCACGCGCUGUCGCUUGGUGUCGCGCUGCCGGAGAUGCCUGGAAUCGAGCCCACCGCGCACGAUGAGGCGUGCACCACCCGCGACGGCAGCGGCUACCGCUUCGAUCUCGUCCAGGCCGCCGACGGCCCUCCCGACGACGAGGACGAGCUGCGAGGCGGCGUCGGGCUGCGGGGCGGUCGUCGAGGGAACGGCGAGGACCUUGAGCGGCUCACGCAAGAGGCGAGCGAGGGUCUGGAAGACCACAUCGGUGCGCACAUCACGGCGCACGACCUUGCCGCCGAGCUGGAGGUUGAGGCGAUUGUCGCCGAGGAGGUGCUGCAGCGUCUUCAGGCGGACGGUCGCGUGUCGUGCCUGAAGCCGAACCCGCAAGGGCCGCCCACCCGCCAGGUGCAGCGGUUCCCCUCCGGAGCGACAUCGCAAGAUGAGAGCGCGCACGAGUGGACCGAGGUCGACGAUGGGCCCUCCGAUGCAGAGACCGUGGCGCACUGGAACUCCUCCCCGCCCCCGCGCGACCGGAGGGCCGCGUCCGGCGAGGCCUCCCCCCGCAAGAAGCUCCGCGUGCCGCUCAAGAAGCAGCCCAUCGCGCAUCAGAAGCAGCCGCUUGGCGACCAGCUGCAGGCCACUCGCUCGAGCAAGCGGCAGCGCAAGGCCUCGAUGUCCGAGCCCAUCGCUCCGGCGCGCCUCUGA